UGUACCUAUACCAAGUUGUGGAAAAUGCAAACGCGUCGUAUUUUUCCAACAAUCCAGUUGGCAAAAUAUCGAGUCAGUAAAAACAUGAAUACAUCAUGUGUCUUCGUCUUAGUGCUACAAAUAUUUUUGGUGAAUUGUGGAGAUUCAUACGAUAAUGUAUAUCGUGACUUGCCACCUAUUUUCCACAUUGAUGACUAUGAAGAUUGCAAAGCCGAAGGAAACUACUUCUGUAAGGCCUCAGUCAUCCUCAUGCCAAUUAGUGAAAAUUGUACAUCUCAUUACUGGAAGCUUAUAGAGAGAUCACUUGAUGACACAAGGGCAUACAAUCACAAUGAGCUUUUCCACGCAAUAUGUGCCAAUAAAUUUUGCCAAAAUCAAUUCAAAGAGAACAGCAGUCUUCAAAACAUUGUAUCGGAAUGUUACAAGCAGAAGUACAGUAAUUUAAGUUUGACAGCUGAAGUCACUGACCUGAUCUGCUCCAAAAAAGACAGUGUCUACGAACCUGGCAUCAUAGAUAUAUUAUGGUUGUCUAUUAUGCUUAUUUAUUUGUUGUUUGUUGUUUUUGCGACAUACUGGGAUUAUGGAAGAAAAAGACAUCACGAUAGGAAUGUAACACAUCAAAGCGAGUUGGGUGGAGAAUAUUUGAUUGCAUUCUCAGUGAUAUCAAAUUGGAAAAAAUUCAAGACUGUUAACACAAAUCCAGAUUUUCAGAAAUUGAGAUGUAUGCAGGGAAUACGAUUCUACAAUAUGUUGCUGAUUAUAUUUUGUCACACUUACUCCAGUUACAUUGGAGGUUACGUUCUGAACACGGAUUACAUAGAAAACAUACCAAAAAAUCCGAUGAAGCUUGUCUUGAGGAAUUUGAUGGUGUUCUUGGUACAAACGUAUUUCCUUUUUUCUGCUUUCUUGCUGUCUUACCAUUUUUUCCAAAUAAUGGAUAAAACAGUAUUUAGCAUGAAGAUCAUCAUCUUGACAUUUUUGAACAGAUAUUUAAGAAUAAUCCCUCCAGUACUAUUCAUGGUGGGAACUGGGAGUACCAUCUGGUUGGUCAGUUUUUUUUACGGUCCCAUCAAAGAUUUGUACGCUGAUUUAGAAUUACAAAGAUGCCAGAAAAAUUGGUGGACCUCAUUAUUGUUCAUCAAUAACCAUUACAAUCAACAUGAUAUGUGUUUUUUCACUACAUGGUAUUUGGCAGCAGAUACGCAACUGUAUGUGGUGUCAUUGUUUUUGUUGUCACUGAUUUGGUUGUUCAAGAAGAACACGAAGGCGAUCUUGGCAUCCAGUGUAUUGAUAGGAAUUCUGAUACCCAUAGUAAUAACGUAUGUUUACGAUUUGGACAUAAUCUACCGGAUUACUCCAGAAAACUCAAAAAACAAUAAAUUCAGAUCUUUCAAUUUCAACGCCAUUUAUUCAUCUAGCUAUGCCAAUAUGGCUACCUAUAUGUUAGGAUUGUGUUUUGGUUACCAAUAUUUCAAACACAGCAAUACUACAAACUUCAGGAAUUUGAGGUCUCAAAUAGCAUGGGUGGUAUUGUUCAUAGGAAUGCCAGUAUUAGUGAUCAUCAUUUCUUCAUACUAUUACACUAGAUUCCUAAGCGCAAUUUUAAGUGGUAUUCUCAAACCACUGUAUGCCACUGGUAUCGCAAUAGGAAUAUUAGGAAUGUCCCAAAACAUUGGAGGUUUUGCUAAAAAAAUUUGUGAAUGGAAACCUGCUCUAGUCAUGGGAAAUAUAACGUACAGUACAUAUGUCACACACUAUGGGAUUGUGUUUUACAGGACAGCUACAGCCAAACACCCACUAUAUAUUUCAGAUUCUGUCUUGGUUACCUCAUUUAUUUAUGAUGCCAUUCUAUCUUUCUUCUGUGGAUUUUUAGUGCAUAUUCUUUUGGAAAUGCCUUCUUCUCAGAUGCAAAAUAAAUUCAUUCUGCAAGUUCGAAAACAACGAAUUCAAGGAGAGAAGAAUGAGUGAACAGGUCAACUUCAUUUGAUAUAACUUGUUAACAUAUGAUUGUUGAAAUUUUCUUCUAUUAUUUCAGGAAAUAUCUCAAUAAAUUACAUAAAACCUGGAAUUGUUUCCGAUUAUUUUAUUGCAUCAACUAAAUUUGAAAUCUGGUAUGAUAUCUAAUACCCAGUUAUAUUCAAUUAUCUGAUGAAGAGAACAAAGAAAAAUAUAAAAAACUGGUAUAUUAAAUGAACUUCCCAAUAUUUUAUCAGAUUUAUUAUCAUUUUAUCAUUCUACUGUUGCAUUCCUUACUGCGUAUAAUAAAUACAACAAUUUCAUAGCAAGUUGAUGUUUCUAUAAUAUCAAUUUGUAGUUGUUCUUAAAACUCACAUUAUAAAACAAAUCUGUAUAUCGUUUACUCACUCAUAUAAGUUUUAUAUAACUCAUAUUGU